GCACACUGCUUUGCAUGGCUGUGCUAUGCACAGCCAUGCAAAGCAGUGUACAUGAGCUGAUGGUGUAGAACUGUAAUGUUUACAAACAGUUCUCCCCGUCUGAAAUGCUCGGCAAUCACCAGGCGCCGUAUUAUGCCCCCACCCCUCCUACAAGGCUAUUACAAAGGUAUCACCAGCACCUUGUGUUUAUUUCAUAUUUUGGAGAACCUAUCAGUGGCACUUUUAGACCUCAUGAUCACUGGGCGUUUGUCCAUCUCUAGUCCUAAACGCCUUUUCUCCUGGCAGCAGUUUUUUAUGUUGCUGAUUGCCGCCAUUACUAGUAAAAAAAAA